CUGGCAGUAACUAAAUCCAUUUUCGAACACAUCCCAUGUAAUAGCACCUUUAGGGAGCCGCGCAGGGCUCCCUCUUGCCACGCCGGCGCGUUUAGGGGAAUUCGCGCGUGUCCGCGGCGACGUGUUUACGGCCCCCGCAUCUCCGCGUAGAAUAGUAAUUUGUUCGCGGCGUUUUUUUUUCUCCUGCGCCAGCCGAGAGCGAUCUGCCAGAGGGGCUGAUAACGGGAGGCAGAAGCGAUAGCGAAUGGGCGUGUGAGCGAGGUCUGUCCGUUCGGCGUAAACCGCCCGCAGUUUAUCAAUCUCGCGCAGUUUUCCAUCCGCUCUUCGAGCCUGGUCGCGGCUGCCCGUUUGUGCGCCCAGCGGAGAAUGGACGCGAGCAGCGAGCAGCCGGCCGCGAUCGCGGCCGCCGAGUCCGCCUCCGCCAGCGAGCAGGAGCACAAUGACGAGGCCAUGGAGGAGGCCGAGGAGUACAACUACGAGGGCGACGACUACAGGCACUUCAUGCCGCGCGGCCGCGGCGGCUUCCGGGGUCGUGGCAGAGGUGGGUUUGAUUUCCCUAUGCGAGGUGGUUCUCCAAGGUUCCGUGGACGAGGGUUCGGGCCGCGCGGCCCAAUGUUCCGCGGCGGAAACAAUGGAUUCCCGUUCGAGGCUCCGCCGAGACCGAACUGCCCGCCCGGUCCGGCGGGUCCGCGGUUCCGGGGGCCGCCGCCGUUCGAUCCCAGCUGGGGACCUAUGGGACCUCCAAAUUUCAUGGGACCUCCAAAUCUGAUGGGACCUCCAGGAAUGCCGCCACCGCACAUGAUGAACGGCCCUAUGGGCGCAGGACCGGGCCCUUACGGCCCGCCUCCUGGCAUGGGACCACCCAACAUGAACAGCGUAAGUUGCUUAAUCUUUCGUUACUCCUGUGCCGCUAAUAUUAACAUAUGUUUCUUCAGCUGUUUCCGAUAGUGUUACAAUGUUUACAAGGGGCGAACCGCCGAGGACAUUGUGGUGUGCAGAGUCGUGGCUUUGUUGGGGCAUUAUUAGGGGCAUUUUUAAGGAAAUAGAUCAAUCAAUUUCUUUGUGCAUGCGUUUGUACACCUGUGCAAAGCCUGGACAGAGCCCUUAA